UAGCAACACUGGUGCUCAAAAGUCAAUCGAGGAUGCAGCGAUGGCAGGCGGUGGUAUCAAAUAUUUGCUAAAAAAUGAUGGGUUCUAUUAGAAAACUGUUAUUUCGAGGUACUAAAAAUCGCUUGCGAGCUGGUGUACAACUAGCAAAAGGUCGCAGUGCUCAAGUGACGAAGCCUAAACGCGUGCAAACAGUGGUCUCAUGAAAGACAAAGUGGUGCCCAGAAAAACCACUAGAACUGCUGGAUUACAAGCUCUACGCGGGAUCAGACGACUAGCACCAUGUCAGGAACGGCUGGUUCAAGCAGCAGCGCAGCCCUGGGAGGGCUCGGGGGCUCCUUAGAAGACAAGGACUGCGAGCUAUUAUGUCCGGUCUGCUUUGAGCUCAUUGAUGAGGCAUAUGUGACGAGAUGCGGUCACUCAUUCUGCUACGCCUGUAUUGCAAAGAGUGUUGAACAACAUAGACGGUGUCCAAAAUGCGGCGCAGCAGUCGCCAGCCGCGACCACAUGUUCCCAAACUUCAUGCUCAACGAGCUGGUCGCGCGGCGGAGGCUACGCGCCACUCGGCCUCCCUCGCAGGCCUCCGAGGGGGGCGAUGCGGCGAGGCUACGGGCGUUACUAGCGGCAGAGAGCGCGAGGCUGGCUAUGCCUGACGUAGAGCUUAUGUUAGAGGUGCUAACGCGGCGGAAGCGUCUGCUUGAAGCCGAGUCAGCGGCCGCGCACCACCGUCUCCUGUACGAGUUCCUGGCCCAGCUGCACCGGCAUCGCCAGCAGCAGCUCCAGCAGCUCGCUCGUGAAGCGGCCCUUGUUCAAGCCGACAUGGAGCACGUGGCCGACACGCUGCGGGUGAGUGCAGUGGCCAGUACUCCACGUCUCCUGUACGAGUUCCUGGCCCAGCUGCACCGGCAUCGCCAGCAGCAGCUCCAGCAGCUCGCUCGUGAAGCGGCCCUUGUUCAAGCCGACAUGGAGCACGUGGCCGACACGCUGCGGGAGUUGAAGGCGGGCGCGGCGGGGCUGGCCUCAUUCCCUUCGGAAGACGGAGAGUCCGGACCAGCGUCAGAUGCUGUUAAAGCUCUGAGAAAGGAACUAACGGAGCUGGCUGGUUCCGUCUCCGACAGCGCGGCGGCGCCACCGUCGCCGGACGACGAGGAGGGCUUCGCUGGCGCCGCGGGCGAGAACCCGCUACACAACAGCACGUUCAACAGAUGGCGCCGCCUGGUGGCACACUUCGAGGACUUCGUGCAGUGCUACUUCGCGCACCGGGCGGACGAGCUGUACUUCCCCGCGCCCGCGGGCACGCCCGCCCCGCUCGUCACGUCCGCGCCGUCCGUCACCACCGUGGCCUCGGUCACUACCGUGGCUGGGCACGAUGACCAGGUCCCGGACAACGAUCCUACCAGUAAGGACACUACUUGCUACUUCCUCGCACCCGCUAGCACGCUCGUGACGUCGGCGCCGUCCGUCACCACCGUGGCCUCGGUCACUACCGUGGCGGGGCACGAUGACCAGGUCCCGGACAACGAUCCUACCAGUAAGGACACUACUUGCUACUUCCCCGCCCCCGCUAGCACGUUCGUGACGUCCGCGCCGUCCGUCACCACCGUGGCCUCGGUCACUACCGUGGCGGGGCACUAUGACCAGGUCCCGAACAACGAUCCUACCAGUAAGGACGCUACUUGCUACUUCCUCGCACCCGCUAGCACGCUCGUGACGUCGGCGCCGUCCGUCACCACCGUGGCCUCGGUCACUACCGUGGCGGGGCACGAUGACCAGGUCCCGGACAACGAUCCUACCAGUAAGGACACUACUUGCUACUUCCCCGCCCCCGCUAGCACGUUCGUGACGUCCACGCCGUCCGUCACCACCGUGGCCUCGGUCACUACUGUGGCGGGGCACUAUGACCAGGUCCCGAACAACGAUCCUACCAGUAAGGACGCUACUUGCUACUUCCUCGCCCCCGCUAGCACGUUCGUGACGUGCGCGCCGUCCGUCACCACCGUGGCCUCGGUCACUACCGUGGCGGGGCACUAUGACCAGGUCCCGGACAACGAUCCUACCAGUAAGGACGCUACUUGCUACUUCCUCGCACCCGCUAGCACGUUCGUGACUUCCGAACCGUCCGUCACCACCGUGGCCUCGGUCACUACAAUGCCUGGGCACGAUGAUCGGGUCCCGGACAACGAUCCUACCACCACAAUGAAGCCCUCCUUCGUGAAUGGCGACCAACGGCUACCUGAAGGCUCCCCCACCGAGCCCCCCCGCGCGCCGCCCGCUCCCUCCCCCUCCGCCACCCUCAGCAAGGGGGAGGGCGGGGGGGGGGGCUUGGACGCCUUUAGGGAGGACCUCGUCGCCUUCACUAGAUACAGAUGCGACCAACGGCUACCUGAAGGCUCCCCCACCGAGCCCCCCCGCGCGCCGCCCGCUCCCUCCCCCUCCGCCACCCUCAGCAAGGGGCAGGGCGGGGGAGGGGGCUUGGACGCCUUUAGAGAGGACCUCGUCGCCUUCACUAGAUAUAGGGCACUGAGGCCGUUAGCUACACUAUCAUAUUCCAGCGAUGCCAUUAAUUAUUCCACCAUCGUGUCUACUAUAGAGUUCGACAAAGACGAAGAGUUCUUCGCCAUCGCCGGCGUGACGAAGCGGAUCAAGGUGUUUGAAUACGAGGCCGUGGUUCGCGAUGCCGUGGACGUGCACUACCCCUGCGCUGAGAUGCAGUGCGCUCAUAAAAUUAGCUGCGUGUCAUGGAACGCGUAUCAUAAGAAUGUGCUGGCGUCAGCAGACUACGAAGGCACAGUAGCGGUGUGGGACGCGGGCACCGGGCAGCGCACGCGAGCGCUACUCGAGCACGACAAGCGCUGCUGGUCCGUGCACUUCAACCGUGCCGACGUGCGGCUGCUAGCUAGUGGUUCUGACGACGCGCGCGUCAAGCUGUGGGCGCUCAACGCCGAGAGAUCCGUGGCAACGCUAGAAGCGCGCUUCAACGUGUGCUGCGUGCGUUUCAACCCCCGUUCCUCCUGCCACCUGGCGUUCGGCUCCGCUGACCACUGCGUGCACUACUACGACCUUAGGGCCCCCAGGGCGCCACUAGCUGUCUUCAGGGACCACAGGAAAGCGGUCUCAUACGUGAAGUUCCUCGACGCGCGCACGCUGGUGUCCGCCUCAACAGACUCGCAACUAAAACUAUGGAAGGUUGAAUCCCCCCGCUGCGUCCGCUCGUUCACCGGGCACGCGAACGAGAAGAACUUCGUAGGCCUCGCGACGGAGGCCAGCGGGCGCUACGUGGCCUGCGGCUCCGAGAACAACGCGCUGUACGUGUACUACGCGGGCCUGUCCAAGCCCCUGCUCGCGCACCGCUUCGACGCCGUGCGGGGCUUCCUGGAGAGAGGUGAAAGGCGGGAGGACGAGCCCUCAGAGUUUGUCUCGGCGGUGUGCUGGCGCCGCGCCCCGCCGUCAGAAAGACAAGUACUCCUUGCAGCUAACAGUCAGGGCACGAUAAAAGUACUAGAACUUGUCUAGUCUGCCUAGGUUUCCUCUCGGAAC